AUGAGUUCUUCACAUUCACAUCACAGUAGCAGUGAUAAAUUGAGGCCCUUCGUUCAUUACCAUUGUGCAUGUCCAGACGUUUACUCAAGCACCGAGUCCUCCGAAACCGCUGCCACAUGCACACCUCUUAACGUUGACUCACCGCCGUCUGUAAAUUCUCCACGUAUACAUCACUCUACCUUUCCACUUUCAAAACUAUAUAUCUGUGAAGACUGUCACCAGAUCCGGUGUCCACGCUGUGUUCAAGAAGAAAUUAUUUGUUAUUAUUGUCCGAACUGCUUAUUUGAAGUUCCGACCGCAAGUGUGAAGAGUGAACGGAAUAGGUGUGCGCGUAGUUGUUUCCAAUGCCCUAUCUGUCAGAAUACCUUAUCUGUGGUUGCAAGCACCGAACCGUCACCUGCAACUUCACCUAUUCAGACCACUACCCAACCUCAACCUGUCGCCGGGCAAGCUGGCGGUGCACCAUAUUUUUUAUUAUGUGGUGUAUGUCGAUGGGACUCGCAAGAGAUAGGAAUGACAAAUUCAAGAUUAAACUUUCAUUAUAAAGUGCAGUUACAAACGACAGAUGAUGAGCGUCCCGAUGUCAAAGAAUUUGAUCAUCUUAAGGAACAUUUUGAGAAACAUUUACGCCAGAACGCACCAUCCACAACACUUCCCACUCAGCUACUCAAUAUUCCAGGCAUGAGCACAUUUAGUAGUCGAUAUGGAACUAGUGGACUAGCUCAUACGAAUCAAAAAUCUGAUGAUGUGAGCCCAUAUGAGGCUGUAGUACAUGUGGAUGAUGAUGUAAACUUAACUGAAGAUUUGAAACAGUUAAAGGAUGUUAAUCAAAUUACUACUUUUACUCAAAGAACAAAUCAACUCAGCGAUCAACCGUAUAAUAUUGAAAAACUUCAACCGCAACGAAUUCACCUAAGAACAAAACGUGUCAAACGAUGUCGAUCAUGUCGUCAUAUUCUCAUAAAGCCCGAGCAAAAAGCUCAGGCGACGAAAUUCAAAAUAAAACUUGUAGCUUUAAAUUACAUUCCAAAAAUAACAAUUGCCAAAUUACCAUAUUUGGUAGUAGACCAAACGAUACAAGUCAUCCUAAAAUUUUCGAAUCCACUCCUUGAAGAUGCUAACGUUUCACUUUCUUGUCCAUAUAACGAAUUACUAGAAUACGAUGACGAGGAGUUGAGCACCGAAAAGUUGACGUCAAAACGACCAGCGUCACGUGCGUCACUUGCUCCUAAGCCUGAUCCUGGAGUUGUAGAAAAAAAGGGAAAUUACACGUGCAUUGCUAUAGAAAUAACUCCGUUAUUGGCCGUCGAAGAAUUCAAGUUUCCUCUUCUCGUGACACAUACAAGUAAAGUGCUGGACAUUGAUACUGUUGACAACAACGGAACACAACAACACCUUGCUGUUCCAGCCGCUGACACAACACCUGUUGCCUCGGCUGUUGACAGCGUCCCCGUCGAAGACGAGAACAAUACUGAGAAUUCUAAAAAACUCGAUUCAUCAACAAUUAAUACUAGCACCAACAACACUACUCGGGAAUUAGGUUCUUAUAAAAGCCUUAGUUUCUGGACCGUAAUCGGUCUUGGCCCCGUUUUAAAAGAACCGAGAAACUCCGAAAAAAUUUCUAGCAGUUCUUCGACGACGCCUCAACCAACAGGAGGGACUCUAGAAAAAUCCAGUACCGCGGAGAGACAUUCAAAGAGUAGCAGUACGACGAGACCAUCAGUGAGUAGAGUUUCAUCAUCCACAAAAGUAAGUGGAUCGUCGUCAUCUACAAAGAAUAGCAGUUCUUCGGUGCAAACUGCAAAACCUUUAAAGAAAUCUGCAGCCUAUAAACAUCAAUAA